GGAAGUGUAACUACUACCUCCAACAAAUGUAACGUUGAUCUUACACGAGUUCAUUUGAAAUUAGGGGCUAUAGUUAUCGGUUCCCAGAUAGCCACGCGUACGGGUUCCUCGGUAUGACGCCAUAAUGAUUUACUUAAGUUGUUAAAUUCACGCUUGACAAAGUUUUAGCGACAGAGAGGAAGUCAAAAAUGAGUUCUCAGGAUGUUCUGAGGAGUGCAUCCACGCUCGCGUCGUAUAAUGUGUUGCUGCAGGUGAUGUUCCGCGUCCUCACCUUCUUGCUGAACGCAUUUACCCUGCGGUUCGUCUCCAAAGAGCUGAUCGGUGUUGUAAAUGUCAGACUCACACUACUAUACUCCACUUUAGUAUUUUUAUCCAGAGAAGCUUUCCGCAGAGCCUGUUUGAGUGGGGUAUCUGGGACCGACCACAGCUGGAGACAAGUUAUCAACCUGCUGUGGCUGACGUUGCCCCUGGGUGUGUUAUGGGCAGCCCUGCUGGUCGCUGUGUGGCUCUGGCUCCUGGAGGUCCCAGAUCCCCAGACUGUGCCUUACUACGGUCCAGCUGUGGUGAUGUUUGCGUUGUCGGGAGUGCAGGAGCUCCUGGCUGAGCCCCUCUGGGUCCUGGCUCAAGCUCACAUGUUUGUCCGUCUGAAGGUGGUCGCCGAGAGCUUGGCAAUGAUCGCUAAGUGCAGCAUAACUGUGGUGUUGGUGGUGUUUGCCCGUGAAUGGGGCCUGUACAUCUUCUCUGCCGCUCAUUUGGUCUACACAGGAUUCCUGGUGCUGUGCUACGCUGUUUACUUCAUUCGUUUCUUUGGUUCUAAAGUGGCAGCUAAGAAGGGCUUUCCCCUGCAGUGUGUUGGAGAUCUCUUGCCCCGCAGAGCUGCUGGAGAGCCGCUAAUUGAUUGGACUCUGGCUAAGCUCACAUGGAGCUUCUUCAAGCAGUCCUUCCUGAAGCAGAUCCUGACAGAGGGGGAGCGGUACGUCAUGACCUUCUUGAACGUCCUCAGCUUCGGAGACCAGGGAGUUUAUGACAUUGUCAACAAUCUGGGCUCCAUGGUGGCUCGCUUCAUCUUCCUGCCUAUUGAGGAAAGCUUCUACAUCUUCUUUGCCAAAGUGCUGAAGCGAGGACGUGAUGUAAAAAGUCAGAAACAGGAGGACAUUGCCCUUGCAGCGGAGGUCCUGGAGUGUCUGCUGAAACUGGUGCUGGUGGUUGGACUGAUCAUCUCUGUGUUUGGCUACGCCUACUCUCACUUGGCUCUGGAUAUCUAUGGCGGGUCUUUGCUCAGCAGUGGGGCAGGGCCCACUUUGCUGCGAUGCUACAGCUGCUAUGUCCUCCUUCUCGCUGUCAAUGGUGUAACAGAAUGCUUUGUGUUUGCCGCCAUGAGCCAAGAAGAGGUUGACAAGUAUAACUUUGUGAUGCUGGCUCUGUCGGUGUCUUUCCUGUUGCUGUCCUACGUGCUGACAUGGUGGGCUGGCAGUGUGGGCUUCAUAUUGGCAAACUGCCUGAACAUGGGCCUGCGCAUCUCGCACAGCGUGCUUUACAUACGCCGCUGCUUUGGAUCCACUCAAUGGAAACCUCUGCGAGGCCUGUUGCCCUCGCCACUCCUAAUACUGGCCCUCGCUGUCAGCGCCGUUGUCACAACGCUGUCUGAGGGUCUACUCUGCUGUGACGGCGGCUGGUUACUAAGGAUUAUCCAUAUCGGCGUGGGAGCAUUGUGUCUGCUCGGUGUGUUUGUGGCUGUCCUUGUCACAGAGACUCGACUCAUUCAGUUCGUGAGGACUCAGCUCUUGCCCAAAUACAGAAAGAAACACACUUAAUUGAACUGGAAAGUGGGGAACUGGCUUGGAAGAAAGCUCCUGUUUCCCCACAAAAGGAGCUGACAGUUACUGACCGUGAAAGCAACGAGGGAACGACUUUUAGUUUAAGUUUACCUCAUACGUGUGAAUGUGUGGGUGUAUGACGCUGAUAUUUUGUCCCUGGAUCAUCCUGUGUUGGCUCAUACAAGCAUAAUGAAGCACGUCUUUGGAUGUGUUAUUGUGGCUAAUUAAGAAAACGUUUUUUUAGAUACAAAUAUAAAUGGAUCUGCAGUGUUUGUCCAAAAGCUAUUUUUAUUCAUUGUCUUGGGUUCACAAACAUGAUGCAGUCAGAUUUAUUUUCAUCAUAUUAAUCCUUUUGGGGAGCUAAAUGGGCCUAAAUUCAGCGACUAUUCAACAUGUUUGUUUGUCCUUCCUC